AUGGCGGGUAUUAAUCAUGUCAAUGGUGCUGGUAAAACCGAGGGGCAUCAUAAAACUCAACAGCCUCUAAAGAUCAUCAUUGUGGGAGCAGGUAUUGCAGGUCUAGCGCUAGCUGGACUGGUAGGGCGUUCCGGACACGAAGUCAUCGUCCUCGAAGCAGCACCGAAAAUCGCAGAGGUUGGCGCCGGUAUAACGUGCGCCCCUAAUCUUUCACGUUUGCUCAGCAGAUGGGGGCUCGAUAGCCGCUUGAAAAAGCACGUUGAUUCACUCACUCAUGUCAAUCUGAGGCGGUGGGAAGGUGGUCAGUUUCUCGGUGCAGCGCCUCUCAUGCCCCAAGCACAAGUCAGGCAUGGUGCUCCCCAAUAUGUGAUCCAUCGCGCAGAAUUACACAAAGCACUGAUGGAGGAAGCUGAAAACGUGGCUGAAAUCCGUGUCAAUAGCAUGGUCGUCUCGGUCGAUUUUGACAAGCCUUCGGUGACGUUGCUGGAUGGAACUAUUCAUGAGGCGGACUUAAUUGUCGGCGCAGACGGAAUGAAGUCUCUUUGUCGAAAACUGAUCUAUGAGAAGCUUGGGUUGGUAGAUAAAGCGACUCCGACCGGAGAUGCUGCAUUUAGAGCCUGCAUCCCUCUGGAAAAUGUGACCGAUCCUGAACUUCGGGCUUUUGUGACGGAGCCCGUGGCGACAAGGUGGAUGGGCGAAGGGAGACAUAUUCAAGCAUAUCCUAUCCGACAGGGAAAUCUUUACAACAUGGUUUUGUGUCACCCAGACCCCCAGAUUACGGAGGAAUCUUGGACAACUAAAGCAUCCAAACAGAGUAUCCUGGAUCAGUUCGGUUCAUGGGAUCCGCAUUACUUGCAAAAGCUGAUAGAUCUCAUACCGGAUGAUAAUGUUAUGGUGUGGCACUUGUACCAACAUGACCCGCUGCCUACAUGGGUAAUGGGUAAAGUGGUCUUGCUCGGAGACGCCUGUCACCCUAUGCUACCGUACGUCGCACAAGGAGCUGCGCAAGCUGUUGAGGACGUUGCGGUCCUCCAUUUGGCGUUAGAUCGGAUCUCAACGAAGGAUGAUCUGCAAGUCCUCUUGAAAACAUACGAGCUGGCUCGCAGACCGAGAGCAGAGCAUAUCAUGAGUGUGGCUGGCAAUAACCGAACUGUCUUGCAUCUUCCUGAUGGGCCUGAACAACAAGAAAGAGACACGAAGUUCAAGGCCGUGACGGAAGGAAGCGAGAAUCCAGACCUCUUGGGCGAUGUUAAAACACAAAGGUUUUUGUGGGAUCAUGACCCGGAAAAGGCAUUCCUUGAUGUUGCCGAAGACUUAAUUCAGCAAGCACGCAAGCAUUAUACAGACCAUGGGCUGUAUCAUUGA